AUGAUCGAAAACAGUUUGUAUGUGGCAAUUCAAAAGGUUGGUGGUGAUCAUAUAAAAAUAUGUAAAGUGGCUAGGAAACAGGAAAUUUUAAUACAAAAACUGAGAUUUCGGUUCGACGAUGCAAUUGGUCAACCGUAUGGAUUGUUUGAGGCGUCAGCUGGAAAACUCAGGCGUAUUUGUCCUUCGGCUCUCAAUUCAGAGACCGUGGAGCAUCAUGGUUUUUCUCAAACUGACAAAUCUACUUUGACGGAAUCGUCAUGUGAAACAUCGUCAGCAGAUAAUAAUAGAAAUAAAACUGAUGGCGGAAAUAGUUCUAUUUUGGAAAGUAAUAGCAGGCCAGAUUUAGCACUGGAAAAUAUGCAGUGUGUCGCGGAAAAAUUAGUAAAAAAUGAAUCGAUGAUACGUUUAAGCAGAUCUCGCCAAAAAGUCUCUCAGGAAGAAAUUCAUCAAAUGAAAAAGGAUGGUCUUCCUGCUCAGCAUUUGGUAGCUAGAUUGGUUGAUGGUAACUUGUCUUUUCCUGAACGAACUGUCUACUCGAAAAAGAAGUAUAUUCGUCGAAAAGAAAAUAAACACUCAUCGCGUUUACUUAUACUUAAGCCUUCUAUACGACUUAUCGCACAAUCAUAUUACACAAAGGACCCCGAAAGAAUUGCUAAUUUGCGAUUGGAUCUUCUGUCGCAUAUUCUUUCAUUAAGUGCUGUACACUUUGGCUCACGUUGCUUGGUAUUUGAGCAAUGCGCUGGACUAAUGAGUGCUGCCGUAAUUGAUCGACUUGGUGGUUAUGGUGCAUGUAUUCAUCUUCAUCGUGGUAGUACUGCUCAAAGUAUUCCUUGUAUCGAUGGCAUGAAUUUCGACUCAAAAGUUCGUUCUACAUUUCUUCCGUUGCGCAUAUCAACUCUAUUAAAUGGAUCUAUUGUAGAGCCAGUCGAUGACCAAAUUGAUCCCUCUAAUCCAGAAUUACCAGAAACAGCUUUCAAACGUCGAAGAGAACGGUUAGAAACGGAAAGAAUCGCUUGGAAGCUAUUUAUUAGUCAGGAAAUUGAUUCAUUUAUUAUUAUUUCGAAGGAUGUUAAGCCCAUUGAUAUUUUGCAGUACGUAUGGUCAUCGCUUCCAUUUGCUUCAAGGAUUGUCGUAUAUUCUUCGAUAUCAGAGGUAAUAAUCGAUACUUUUAAUUGGUUGAAAUCAAGAGAUGCUAUAGAAGUUCAAAUUCAUGAUGCUUUUCUGCGUUCACAUACAGUACUUCCACAGAAUACGAGACCCGUUAUGCAGCAGCUGGUUGUAAGUGGUAUAAUUAUUUCGGCAAUAAAGGUCAAUCCCGAAAAAUAA